UUUCAAAGCUUCUCCAAGACAGAAAACUGAGAGAGCUCAAUUACAAGAGACUGUGAAUCGUCUUGAAGGUGAAUUAGCUGCUCGAUCUGAUGCAUUACGUAGAGCAGCAAUAGAUGCAACGCGUAUACAAAUGGAGCAUGAAUUAGAAUUGAAAAAUAGAACAAAUGAUUUAAAUGAGUCACUGUAUCAUAUGGAAAACAAAUGGAAAGAAGCAUGCAAAACUAUUGAGAGAUUAGAGAAGGAGUACAAAGAUCAAGAAUUCAAACUUACAGAAGUUUCAACAAACGAUACAAAUUGA